UCUUUUCCAAAUUAUAGAGUAUACUCACUAAGCUCAGUAUUUAUUCAGUUCUCAUCAAGAUUUUAAAGUGGGAAAUCACCCAUUUUGAGGUGCUUUGGCUCCAGAAAAGAAUAUUGAGCUGCCAGCCUGCCACAGAUGGGUUUGAGGGCCAAAUACUCCUGAAGAAAUUGUAUGCAGAGGUCUCGAGCUUACUGAAUAAGGCCACUGUUGGAAGAAGGCGAGUCAAGUGUUUAAAUAAUUUGUGUAUCGUCUCGAUGCAGAAUUACUGGCUACACAAGUCACUAGGGAUGUUUGAUGGAGUAAUGAGAAGCUCCUUCAACACCCUAAACUGCCCGCAAGUCCAUGUAAGGAACGUAAACAAGAGAAGAGCUCUUCGCAAGACGAGAACAGACUCGUCUCUGGCUAUACAAGUUUCUUCUACAGUGUUACAAACUGAAGAAGGCGGAGAAUCCACAAAAUUAAGUCAGGUUCCAGGUUCAUUCUUGUCAGGAGAAAGAUGCAGGAUUCCAGUUGGUAUCAUUGGUGGAGUAUCUGUGGUAUCAACUCUCAUCUUUUUGGAAAAGCUUGUUUGGUGGAGUUCAAGAAGUGGGGGUGAAUCAGCCUCAUUUAUUGUCUGCAAUGAUCCCGCGAUCACCAGACUUCGUCAUCCCUCCACGGAUUCUGACCAAAAAGGAAUUGAUCACUAUGACCGUUACUCUGUCAUUGAGAAUUUGAGACAAAAAAGGGUGUUCCUCGAGCAAUCAGGAGUGCGUUGUAUUGUUAUGCCAUGCCAUGUUUCGCAUUUGUGGCACAGAGAGGUGUCACUAGGAUGUUCCGUGCCUUUUCUUAAUAUAGGAGACUGUGUUGCCCGGGAGCUCAAAGAAGCUAAGUUUAGACCACUUGAAGCUGGGAGUUGUGUCCAAAUCGGGGUCCUGGCAAAUAGCUCAAGUUCAACAGCAGCCUUCUACAAGAAAAAACUACAGAGCCAGGGAUUUGAGGUUGUGUUACCAGACAAUCCAACAAUGGAGCACGCAGUGCUCCCAGCAAUAGAAGCAUUACAGAAGAAAGACGUCGAAGGAGCACAGAAUCUGUUAAGAAUUGCAAUCCACUUACUUUUAAUGAGCGCGGUGAACACCAUAAUCCUUGCUGCUGAUGAGCUGAGAAAUAUUUUGCCGCCUAAUGAUCCACUUCUCAAGAGAUGCGUCGACCCUAUGGAUGCUUUGGUGCGAUCAACUAUAAGCCGGGGAAGGACUUCUCAGAAAGCUGUAUAUCACAAGAAAAACUAAUGUAAAAAUCAAGAAAUCAAGAUUCACGAACGAUAAGUAGCAUUGCCUAUGUUCAGAUCACCUGCACCUCUUCCUGUGUUUCGUUGUCUGAUGACCCGAAGAAACAACACAAUUGCGCAGAUAAUGAACGUCUGUCAAUAUAGAUUAGCAUCUCUUCUUGUUUAAGAAUCCCCCUGUUAUAUAAAUGUAAUAUAUAUUGGCACAAUAACUUAUCCAGGCUAAUGAAUACUCAUUAUAACA